AUGGCAAAGCCUUCCAGCGAUAAGGACGUCGAGCUUGCACAACUGCCUCAAGAUGUCCAGGAAGACAUCAAGGGCGAGGUCCUGACGGCCUCUGGCCACGUUCAGGAGCUUGACAGAAACUUCAGCUUGAUUAAUAUGUGUGCCGUCGCCAUUGUUAUUGGGAACUGCUGGGCUAUCACGGGGUCCACGAUUAAAUUGUCCAUCUACAAUGGUGGCUCCCCAGGAGUGAUCUACGAAUUCAUCGUCUCAGGCAUCUUCUAUCUACUGAUCACCGCAUCCCUGGCAGAGCUGGCCUCUGCGAUUCCCUCUAGUGCCGGCGUUUACCACUGGGCAAGCGUCACGCCUGGCAGACGGGCAGGGAGGGUGAUUGGGUUUUUUGCUGGAUACUGGAACUGCCUUGCAUACUCCUUUGGCGGAGCAUCGCUCGCCACGAUUGCAAGCAGCGGUAUAUUGCAGAUGUGGGAGCUGACUCACCCGGAGCUGGAGCCCCAGAGAUGGCACGUCUUCGUGGUUUAUUUGGUGCUUGUCUGGGGCUCCACGGCGGUGACGCUGUUCGGCAACCGAUUCCUCCCCAAGAUAAAUAACGUCCUCAUGGUUCUGUGCCUUGGAGGCUGGCUUAUCACGAUAAUCGCCGUGGUAGCGCUGCCCUCCAGUCACGGGAGGUCGUAUGCGUCGUCGGAAUUUGUGUGGAAGAAGUGGCAGAACAAUACGGGGUACACAAGCGAAGGUCUUGUGUUUGUCCUAGGGAUGUUGAAUGGCAGCUUCAAUAUUGGCACGCCUGACUGCUCUACGCACCUGGCGGAAGAGAUCCCCCAUCCCGCAGUGAACAUUCCCAAGGCAAUGGCGGCCCAGAUGACCAGCAGCUUCGUGACUACUCUCAUCUAUCUGAUCAUCCUGUUUUACACCAUUACGGACUUUGGUGCCAUCUUGGAUCUGGAGGCGGAGUAUCCCCUAGCCCCUAUCUAUCAACAAGUCGCCGGCUCGCGUGCGGGCACCAUCGGAUUGACAGUAGUGGUUGUCCUGCCUCUCAUUGGCAGCAUGAUGGGGUCCUUCCUAACCUCCAGUCGAGUAUUUUGGACACUCGCACGCGAUGAAGCAGUCCCUUUCUCGACUUUCUUUUCUCGCAUCCACCCAAGGUGGAAGAACCCAUUUAACUCUAUCAUCUUCAUCGCUUGCUUUUGCACAGUUAUGGGCUUGAUCUAUCUAGGCAGCUACACGGCAUUCGAAGCAUUCGUGAGCUCAUUUACCGUGCUGACUACGCUUUCAUAUCUUGCAGCCCUGCUCCCAUUUGUCCUCAAACGCCGGGCUAGUGUUCCGCCUGGCCCAUUCAGCAUGAGGGGGCCACUGGGAUGGGUGGUUAACGUCUUGUCAUUGGGCUACAUGAUGGUUUGGAUCGUUUUGUAUUGUUUUCCAGCCACAAAGGACUUUAACGCCGCGUCGAUGAAUUGGUCCUCGGUGAUAGCAGGUGGUCUGACCGUCCUCGUGGCGCUCUGGUGGUUCACAAUUCAGGGCAGAUAUCAGGGACCGCCUGUGCUGAUGGGAGUGGGAGCGAGCCACGAGAGACCUGGCUGUUAG